AUGCCGUUGAUGACUGCCAAAAACUCAUCAGUGCGAUGCUGUUUAUCAAAGAUUCGCAUUCUGCAAAGGGCACAGGCGGAUAAAGAGGCUCGCAAGGAGAAAGCAGCGAAAUGCCAAGAGGAAGCGAGACUGAAUCCGAGUCUUAUUCCUACGCCAUCCGUCCUACCUGCCGGUCCGGGAGGGGCUCCACCUGCUCCGGUCAGAAUUCUUCGGCGUCCCGAAAGUAGUGACAAAAUAAGGGAAGAGAAGUAUCAAGGCGCAAACGUGCCAGAGGUCGAAGAAGCGAGCGAAAAAUCAGUUAACUCCCUGAUCAAAAACAGCUUUGUUGUCAAAGCGCGAGAUCGAAUCAUGGGGCCAGAGUACAAGCCUGACAAUACGCAAAACGCUCAGAAUGUCGCCAUUGUCAGUAGGUGCAAAUCACCGGAGCAGAUCCGAGUACCUCGCUUCACUGAUCUGCCCCUUGCUGGAACGAUGAGUGGUCCACCUCUUGAUGGAGGAAUGGGAGGACCCCUUAUGAUGUCAUCGAUGGGUUCUGUACAAGGUGUCGCUCCCACUUCUGCAGUUCCUGCUCCAAUAGCUCCGACACAGCAGUCUUCACAACAAAAGCCAACAUCUCUCUUAACGAUGUCAUCGCCACCGUUAGGCAUGCCAGUUCAGCAAGUGAAUCCGAUUGCACAGCAAGGAAGAAGUCAACAAGUUGGUGUGAUUGGUCAGCAGCAAAGUGGCGUAGUCACAGCGCCUCCAAACAGCGCAGACUAUAAACGCUUAUUCGCAGUACGUUAUCGCUCAACCUCAGCAACACAUACCGUACACUAUGGCGAUGGGUGCAAAGCAGGU